AUGUCCGAAAGAUAUUUUUUUUCACAUGAAAAAGAAUAUGAUGUGAACGACUAUGCAAACUUUCACUUCGGUACCGGAAACGACAAUCAUGCUUCCAUAUCUCAGAAAGAGAAUCCUCAAAAUUUAGCAGCUGAAAGAGAUCCAAGUAUACAUCCGUCUUCCGUCGCCUCUACAUCCUUAAUUUCCGAUGUCCCUCCCUUGAGUCCAAGCUUUCACAAUCUUCAGCAACAUGUCUCUACCCCCUAUGGUGAAAUGGCUAUGCCAAUUCCUUCUUCUGCGGGUAUGUCUGUAGUUGCUCCAGGAGGAUCUGAAAAUAAUGUGAAUGAAGUUCCCAUGGCUUUUAAUAGAACUAUCACACAGCCCAAUGCAACUAGGUUGCGCGACACAUCCUCUCGUUACCGAUCAUCUAAUAGUUCUCGAAAACAAGCAUAUAACGAGGAUGACUUGGGUGAUGAGUCUGACUUGUCGAGCUCCAUGUUACACGAUGAUUUUCAAGUUGAAGGCAUGAAAACCAAGUCUGGCCGUAAGAUUCAACGCCCCGUUACUUAUAAUCCGAGUGCUGCUUCUCUGAAAAAAAGAACGCGAAAGGCUGAUUUGGUUUCACUCUGUGUUGUGUGCCAUAGGGGCCAUUCUCCGGUUUCUAACCAGCUGGUCUUCUGUGACGGGUGUAAUAGUCCCUAUCACCAGCUUUGUCAUCAGCCUCUUAUUGAUGACAUUACAGUUCAGAUUGAAGAUUCUGAAUGGUAUUGCAUGAACUGUCAGUACAGCCGGGCAAAGCAGUUUCCAUUGGAGACAGGUGCUACUUCACAAAUGUUAGGAUUAGAUGCUCAGCAAAUGCGCGCAUAUUUUUUGAGCUUGCCUGUUCCACAUUUAGUGGAUUUGAUAUUGCUUUAUGAGAAAUCCUUUUCUGAUUUACGUAUUUACAGCCCUCAAACACGCGAAAACUUGGGUGAAAUUCGCCGACAAUUGCUUAUAAGUGCUGAACGGAAUCAAAGCGCCUUACAAGAAAAGAAAAAUGCCAAGCAAGAUGAGAUGACUUUAGACAUUCCUCCUCUUGUGCCAUACACUACAGAGUAUGUAUCCCGUUCUGGCAUUCUUUAUGAUUAUCCAACUAUUUUACGACUCGCAGUACGCAAUUUGGACUCUCCUUCAAAAGAAAAUAUUUUUGCUUGGAUGUCUGAUCAUCUGCCUUUAAUGACUUCGUUCCGCGAAAGUGCCUCCGAUGCUCUUCGAUGGAUGGUUACCCAUGGACAAUUGGUUCGUUCAGGAUAUAUUUAUCAAAUUACUAGUGUAGAUGAUUUUUCUCCGUUACGCCCUUCAUUAUUGCCCACAUUUCAAAAAAGAAGAAAAGUUCAGAAAGUUAUGCCGAUAUCUUAUCCAACCGAUGAACCUCAAAGCCUUUCUUUUACCGUACUUUAG